AUUUCUUUCCAGCAACCCUUCACAAAAUGACACAAGAACAGUACGAGUUUCGAAUUAUCUUUGGAACAUACGAGCGUCUUCUCUACGGGCUAGAUGUGCACCCGGCUGCAGCGUCUGGUGAUGCGCAGAGCGUCUUUACAGUGACGCCAGUCUUCAUUUAUCCUGCCCACAUAUCGUGCAUCAAGGCCGUGGCCACUAGUUCACGGUUCCUAGCAACAGGUUCUACUGACGAGCACGUCAAGUUGUAUGAUCUUCGCCUCCGAAAAGAAGUGGGAACUCUCAUGCACCAUUCUGGCUCAAUAACCUGUUUGCGAUUCUUCAAGAAGUCACACCUUAUAACAGCGUCGGAGGACGGGACGAUAGCCAUCGUUAGAACACAGGAUUGGGAAGUGUUGAAAACAUUGGCUGGUCACAAGCGCGCGAUAAAUUGGGUCGAUGUACAUCCUUCGGGAAAGGUGCUAUUGAGUGUUGGUGGAGAUGGAACACUAAAGUGUUGGGACUUGGCUCGCGGAACCUGCACGUACUCUAUGCGUCUACCUAAAGUGGCUGAACGAGUGUGUUGGAGCCCUUCUGGGCAACUGUAUGCUGUCCUAAUGAAUAACUUGGUACAAAUUCAUGCCGUCUCUGAUGGUGAAGUGGUCGGAAACCUCGAAGGGAUCGGAAGGAUCAAUGCUAUCGCUUUUUGUAGCAUGGAAGGCGUGGAUGAGGAACAUCAGUCUAGGGAAGUUCUGGUGACUGGUGGGGAGGACAGAUCUAUUGGUGUAUGGGCCCAAGACGGAGAGCGUAUUUUGCGAUGGAACACGCAACAUGGAAAUCGCAUAAAGGAUUUGGAUGUAUACGUCAAGGAAGGCAAGCCGACCAUUGUUGUUUCGUGCUCAUCGGAUGGAGGUAUCAAGGUGUGGGACUUGACGGACGUAGCCCAUCAAUUGAAGACAAGCCAUUCCACUGAGAGUGCCGUGCCGGCUGAUGGAAAACCGGUCAAGGUUGUUUUGCCGCAAGCAACCCCGCAAGCUGAUUAUAAUGCGAAAUGUCGCCUAACGUGCAUAGCCGUUACUGGUCCAUGUGAUACCUCAUCGAAAGGAAAACGAGGGGAUAUUGCUCACGGGGCGGAUGAGGCAAAUGAAGACGAGGUCGCUGCUGAUCGAUCAGAGUUCGAAUCAGAUUAUGAAGAUCCUGCUGGUAAAGCGACGAUCUCCGUAUCUUUUGAAGAGGAGGGAGAGACCACUGUAGAGGAGAAGCCGUCGACGCCUGCCCCUACAAUAGCCAAGAAGAAACGAAAAGCGACUGCUGAUGGGAAUCAAUCUGCAGGCAAGCGACAGGCAGGAUCUGGUCCCAUAAUAAAAAAAGGCAAGGGAAAGCAGGCGGCAUUAAACAAAUUCAGGAAGCGUUCUGUAAAUAAUUCAAGCAAAUAGUGCAUUAUCAUUCUACCAUUAUAUUUAUGUACGAUAAUAUUUUCAUCAUGUUAACAUCAUCCCA